AUGCUCGGCCCGUCUCCCUCCUUCGUCCUGCCCUUCCCCAGCGCAGAAGAAUACAACGACUUUGUCACGCACUUCCCGCUCUCGCCACUCCUCAGGCUCUCCACCACGUCAAUGAGCCUCUCGUCUCGGGACGGUGAGAGCGCCGAGCGGCCAGAAGACGAAUCCAAGACGGGCAAGAUGCUGAGGAAAAAGUGGCGGACGUUGGUUGAUGGGAGGAAGCGCUCGAGGGGAUAUAAACUCAUUGAUGGGGGUGAUGCUUUGGAUAUGACCGACGAAGGAAUAGAAUUGGCGACGCGACGCGAGGCGAGGAAUCGAUGA